AUGGAGAAGUAUAAAAAGAAUAUCUUACCCAACACCUAUAUACCUGUGAUGGCCAACAGUGUCACAAUUAAUAUUCUACAGAGAUUGCCGAGGUAUACCUUAGUUGAGUUAAUGAAUAAAUGGCCAAAAAUCAUCAAUACUCAACCUCAUUUAACUAAAGAUUUACACCAGCGACAAUGGAAUAAACUUGUUUUGUUGGAAGUUAGUAAGUUCAGGGACAAUAAGGCCAAUAAAAGGAAGAUUAUAGAGAAAGUAUUCGAAUUCUGGUCAAACGGAUUGAAUUUGUUACAAUUAUCACAAAUAGAUUGUCAAUUGAUUGUUGAUAAACCCAAUAGUUAUUCUUGGAUUCUGUCAAUAGUCAAAGAUUCAAAGGGUAAAGAGAUCCCAUUGUUGUUGGAUCCCAAGAAAUUCCUUGAUAUGUUAUCCCGAGAUUUAAAUUUCAUAUUCAUGACCCAUAUCUAUGUGUGUAAACAUCCCAAAUUACCAUUGAUUUUGAUCAGAAUCCAAGUAUUUGACUUACAAACAGUAUCUUCAUCGAAGAAUUCAAAUAGACCACACAUUUCAUCCAAUAGGCCUUACUUUUUGGCCAUUCCUAUUGGCUCUCCUUAUAUCAUACAUUCUCCAGGGAAAGAUUUGGUAAGUGAAAUAGUGAUGCAAGUAGUUGAACGCAAUUUACCACAAGUACCAAAUAAUUUAAUAACCAUAGACACUGACUACAAGCAACAUCCUGUGAAGUCUUUAGAAGCUAUGAAUGUGUUGUAUGGUAAUUCAAGAUUCAGCAACAGUUUAGGUGCCUGGACAUCAUAUGCUGAUUCGACUAUUGAUAUUUCUCCUUUGAAUGACAUUGACAAUCAUAAGCUUUUGAAUGAAGACAAAGAGAAUCAGCAUGAUAUCAAAUCCAUCGCCAACCUCCGUUUUAAGGGAAAUUAUGAAGGGAAAAUAACAUCGGACUUCUUAUUUAAUGAAUCACCUAGAAGGAAGAAAAGGAAAACCACACAAUUUGAGGAUAAGGAAGAAGAAGAGAUAAUUAAAGAUGAAUUUUCUUCUCUUGCACCUGUUCAGAAUGCCGAGUUUCUCAUUCAACAGAAUCAUGGAGAUGAAUAUUCCAACAUUACUCUCAAACUUUCAGGUGCAGACGUUUUCGGUGGGCUUCAUGAACUAUCAGUUCAAGCUGAAGAGAAGGAAUUAAUGAUCCUUGAUCCCAGUGAAAUGCCAUCAUGGUUAACAGGUGAGGAAGGACGUAGUCAUGGAACAGUCAGAGAUGGCUUGUAUUAUAAGAAUUAA